AUGCCAAACAGUGUUACGGAUUUCUGGCACAUGGUUAUACAGGAAGAAAGUGACUCAAUCGUUAUGCUGACGAAUAUCAUUGAGAAAGGCCUGAAUAAAUGCGAGCAGUACUGGCCAAAUGAUGCAGGCCAGACACUGACUUUUGGCGAUGUUACCAUUAACAACACCGCGGUGCGAGCACUAGCGCCGGAUGAGACAUCUGUCCGAGUGUGCCUACUGAAAGUAAAAUGGAAAGAUGGCGGUAAAGAGAGGAAUCGCGAGAUUCGACACUACCAGUGGAUAGACUGGCCAGAUCGCGGCGUGCCACCUUGCAGACUUACUUCCAUGGUAGCGACAGCGCAAGUGCUUCUUUCGAAUAUCCGCGGAACAAAGAAGCCGAUAAUAGUGCACUGCUCAGCAGGUAUCGGCAGGACAGGUGCCAUUGUAGCAAUCGAGUUCAUCCUGGAAAAGCUACAGCAAGGCAUCGCGUGUGAGUCAAUGGAUCAAAUUCUCAAGGAGCUUCGCAACCAGCGACCUUUUACCAUACAGAAUGAUAUGCAGUAUCUUUAUGUGCAUCGAGUGAUGCUAUUUUAUUUCAUUGACAAAUAUAAGGUGUUCGCCGAUAACGAGGAUGUUAUGUGCAAAUACAAGCAAUUCGUGGCCGAUUACGAUAGAGCUACCACCUGA